GUGAACAACGAGGCACCUCUAAUUUACAUUGGAAUAACGACUUUAAAGCAAAAUCACCGUUUGGAAAUAGAUUAAGCAAGGUCGACCGACACAUUUGAGAUAAUUUGCGAAGAAGUUACACCUGAAUAUAAAAGAACAACAACAACAAGAAGAACAAUAUCAACAAGAAAAACAACAACAUCAGCAGCAGCAACAACAAUAACAACAACAACAACUACAGCUGUAGAAACAAUAACGACAACACCAUUUACUUCUACUUCAAAGGCAACAACGACAACAAAAAAGCAUUCUGUUACAACCAUACCUUCAAUUGCUACAUUUCCAAGGAGAACAUCAACAAUAUCUUCACCAGAAACUGUCACUGCAUUUUCCACAACUGUUAAACCUGUAGCAACAAUACCCAUGACCACGAGUCGGACACCUAUUGAGCCAAGAACUACUUCAGCCCCAUUGGCGAACACUACGGACAAAACUACUCAAGUAUUUGCGGUGGUGGUAGCUGUUCCGAUAGCAUGUGUGUUAGUUGUUAUGUUGGCUGUGUCCACCGCAUGCUUCUUCAAGGAACGAAGAAAACGAAUGGAAGCUGAAAACGGAAAUACUAACACAAGUGUCAUGGACAGUACCUCAAGUCUGCAAGAGUUUCCAUCAGAACGAGUGUAUGAUACCAUCGGUAAAACAAACAAUCCUGAGGGUAACUACAAUAUAGGAACACGCGAUAUAACGAACAAUUCAGCUUGUGUUAAUAUGGAAGGUGCGCCAGUAGCCCAUGUACCACAAACCAAUACUGACGCUGACAUAAGCGGCCAAAAUUGUGCCGCUGGACAUGGCUACGAUACACUUCAACACUCUCCCUACCAGAACACAGAAACUAGUGGUGGACAGUGUAAUGUUUACAACGAGCUCAUGCUUUGAUUUCGUUGUCUUUAAAUUGUAAAUCAAUUUCGAGGCCAAUGUGCAUUUUAUGAUCAUUUUAUUUUAUUACCAUUAAAUUUUAUUAUCAUAAUUUGGUGCCAAAGCACGAUUUCCUCAAUGCACAACUUGUGAAACAAUA